AUGUUUUGGAUAUUUUUUGUUUUAUUGAUAUUUUCUAAUGGUGAUUGUAUUCUUAUCGAUCAGAUCACAUCAACAUCACCACCAUCAUCAUCGUCAACAACAUCGUCAUCAUCAUCGUCAACAACAUCAUCAUCAUCAUCAUCAAGCACAUCAUCGUCAUCAACCACAUCAUCAUCGUCAACAACGUCAUCAUCAUCAAGCACAUCAUCAUCGUCAACAACAUCAUCAUCAUCAAGCACAUCAUCAUCAUCAAGCACAUCAUCAUUAUCAUCAACCACAUCAUCAUCGUCAACAACAUCAUCAUCAACAACAGCAGUACCAGGAUGGACAACAACAGGAAAUAUGAGUUUUACACGGCAAUAUCACACAGCAUCCACAUUAACAAAUGGAUCAGUAUUAGUUGCUGGUGGAUACAACGGUACUUAUCUUAAUAGUGCUGAAUUGUACAAUCCAUCAGCAGGCACUUGGACAAUCACAGGAAGCAUGAAUGCCGCACGGCAAUAUCACACAGCAUCCAUAUUAGCAAAUGGAUUAAUAUUAGUUACUGGAGGACUGAGCAGCGGUAGUGCUCUCAACAUUGCUGAAUUUUACAAUCCAUCGACAGGCAUUUGGACAACCACAGGAAGCAUGAAUACCGCACGAUAUUAUCAUACAGCAUCCACAUUAGCAAAUGGAUAUAUAUUAGUUGCUGGUGGUCAAAGCACCAGUGAUUCUCUUAAUAAUGUUGAAUUUUACAAUCCAUCAGCAGGCACUUGGACAACUACAGAAAAAAUGAGUUUUGCACGGCAAUAUCACACAGCAUCCAUAUUAGCAAAUGGAUCAGUAUUAGUUGCUGGUGGAUACAACGGUACUUAUCUUAAUAGUGCUGAAUUGUACAAUCCAUCAGCAGGCACUUGGACAACUACAGGAAACAUGAAUUUUGCACGAGCAUAUCACACAGCAUCCAUAUUAGCAAAUGGAUCAGUAUUAGUUGCUGGUGGACAAAGCAGCAGUGAUUCUCUUAAUAAUGUUGAAUUGUACAAUCCAUCAGCAGGCACUUGGACAAUCACAGGAAGCAUGAAUGUUGCACGAUAUUCUCACAUAGCAUCUAUAUUAGCAAAUAGAUUAGUAUUAGUUGCUGGUGGGCGGGGUAGCAGUGGUAUCCUCAAUAGUGCUGAAUUAUACAAUCCAUCAACAGGCACUUGGACAACUACAGGAAACAUGAGUUUUGCACGAUGUCAAUACGCAGUAUCCACAUUAGCAAAUGGAAAAAUAUUAGUUACUGGUGGAAAGAGCAGCAGCGGUAUUGCUUUUCAAAAUACUGCUGAGCUUUAUUAA